AUGUCCGAUGAAGAUGUCGCAAAUGACGGAUUAUGCUCGCCGGUGGGCCAGGCACUUGUACGACAGCUUAUUCGGCCUCGGCUACCCCACGACAUCCAUGAUUAUGUGCUUGAGGGCAUCUGCAAGGCUUUAGAUGGCACCCAUCUCAUUUCUGUUGUCAAGACUGGUGGCAAGACGACAUAUUUCUCUGGAUAUAUGAUAGCGCUACAGGAGCUCCAAAAACAAGCCGAAUCCAGCCCAGUGAAGCAUCGCAUGCGAUGUUUGACCUGCUUGAGUCGUUUCAGACAGGCGUUCAUCAUCGGAAAUAGCCAUGUCACUAUCCUGGCUGUUUUCACCAUCGUUGAGUUGUCCGGUAUUGUCCAUGGCGAGGUGAGCGGCUAUACCGGCAAUCUUGUCGGACUUUAA